AUGUCACUCUCGUCAGACGAAGAAGACCUAGUCCUGUCAGACAACCAAUCCUUUGCAUCCGAGUCAAGCGACGGCGAGGAGCUGCCCCCACGACCCCUGCAUCACAACUACUUUGCACCCCCCUUCUACGGUCGCCCGCCGACCCCUCUACCACCCUCGCCGUCACUGACGUCGCUCCUGCGCCCUUCGCGACCGACGACCCCCGAUGCCUCCGACGAUGACUUUGAGCCCGUCCCUCGCGCAUCGCCGCAGGUACCGACCUAUGAGUACUACGGCUUCGUGCUAUACCUCUUCUCGACCCUGACCUUCCUCGUCUACUUGCUAUGGUCCUACCUCCCUUCGCCCUUUCUGCACGCUUUGGGCAUCGAAUACUACCCGAACCGGUGGUGGUCGCUGGCGAUCCCCGCCUUCCUGACAAUGCUGGGCGUGUACAUCUACAUCGCGCUCGCGGCGUACAACACGGAGAUCUUGACGCUACCGCUGAGCUCCAUCGAGACAGUCGUCGACGACGCCUCCAAGGUCGGGGUGAUUGAUAGCAAAGGGCGGCUGAGGGAUGGGCCGAAGAGAAGGUCGAGGGACAAAAGGGAUAACCGGCUGCCAGGGGGAGGCUAUAAUUGGAAGAAUAUAUGGAACGAAGGGACGGAUGCUGUGAUGGAUAUCCCGCUGGCCGGUGCUUGCGAAGUGCUAUAUGGAGAAGGGCGGGAUUUUGAGUCAGAAGAUGAGUAUAUUGUUACAUGA